AUGCUUCAGCCUCGAUUAAUUGUUGUAACUGAUCCGAGGACUGACCAUCAAGCAAUCAAGGAAGCUUCUUAUGUUAAUAUUCCCGUUAUUGCAUUAUCUGAUACAGAUUCUCCUCUUCGUUUUGUCGAUGUUGCGAUCCCUACCAACAACAAGGCUAAGCAUUCAAUUGGUUUAAUCUAUUGGUUGUUGGCUCGUGAAGUACUUCGUCUUCGCGGCACCAUUACAAGAGAUGGUCCAUGGGAUGUAAUGGUUGAUAUGUUCUUCUACCGUGAUCCAGAAGAAGCAGAGAAAGAAGCCGAGACUACUACUACACCGGAAAAAAUUGUUGCACCAUUUGAAACUCCUUGGGAGCAACAAGAAAUGCCUAGUGAUUGGGAUGCGACUGGCACAACAGCACCUGGUGGUGUUAACCCUGUUGUUGCCAUGGUUGCUACUGCUAAUCCAACAAACGUCGGAGAUUCAAAUUGGGAUACGCAAGAGGUGGAAGGUCCCGGUUGGGGCGACUUUACAGAGCCUGGUCCUGGUUUUACCGAACCUACUGAAACAACGUUCGAAACUACUACUACUUUUGGCGAUUCUAGUGGUAAUUGGGCGGAUGAAACAACUGAAAAUGUCAAUCCAGAUCUUUGUUUCAUAAGUAAAACAAGAAGAAAAGAAACAAAAAUAGCAAAAGGAGAAGCUAAAGAAACAGAAAAAGCUAAAGAAAUCAACAAAGAAAAAGAAGCAGAAGAAGCUAAAGAAAUCAACAAAAAAAAAGCAGAAAAAGCUAAAGAAGCUUAA